UUGACAUAUAAAGACAUUUUCAAUCUAUCUGUCAGUUCUGACAUUCCAUCUAUGAUGCACAACACUAUAUCAUUCAUAAUACAUCAUUCAGGAAACAAAGAUUUAAAUAAUCCAAUAGAUGUUUGCCAAAAUUUAGAAAGGAUCCGUGAAACUACUGGAGAAUAUGAAAGGAUUGGUAAAAAUACUAAAAAGGAUGCAAUUACAGGACUUAUUAAUCAUUCAUCGACAAAAGAUAAAAAAUCAGAAAUAGGCAGAAAAAGAUCAGGAAAUAAGAAAAUAGAUGCAGCAGAAUCCAAGAAGUGUACAGUAAGACUGACUGAUAUUGGUACUAUUAAAAAACUUGAAAACAUAUGUAAACAAGACAGAGAAAAAAAGAAAAAGAAGGAAGAUAUGUGUAAAGAACUUGUAAAAAAAAUGUUAAAUGUUAAAGGGGCACUAGCUGUCAAAUUCAUGUUCACCGACUUUACUUAAUUUCUAGUAUUUGAUUUAUAAUAAUGAAUAAUGUUAACAUUUAUCCAACCUAUUUAAAGUCUAAAAAAAAUUAUUAAGAGGACACGGUAUAAAAUUACAUUUCGUGUGUUCGCAGUCUAGACCGCCAUCUAAUUAAUUAUUGAGUUGACCUCUAAAGUCUUUCAAUGACCAUAUAAGCGAUGUAAACAUAAAUAUAGAUAUAAAUAGAUCAAGCAAAUUCAUGCUCUUGGAUUAUUCUAGGUCUAUUUAAUUUUAUAUUAUAGAUGAAACAUUAAUGUUUAUCAUCGUUUUUAUCUGUAUAAGAAUGAUUUUCUGUGGAUCAAAUCAGUCAAUCAAUUGAUUUACCUUUGUUUCACUUUCAAUGUUGAUAUUCUUUUCCUUUAAAUAAUUUUACACAUUCAAUUCAUGUGUUAUCCAUUUCAAGCUAAGGAGUUAAAUUGAAGUUCACAUUAAUACAAAUUCUAUGAGGUUGAAUUAUUCACUUGCAAGUGAAUAAUUCAUUAUCAAUGAUUUUAGCUUAUUUUGACAAAACUAAAUCAUACUUGCUGCUAAAAGCGAAUUAUUAUUUCACCAUU